UCAUAUGUCAAAGAAUCAUUGCAGUGAAAUACUAAGAAAAGAGUUCCGAGUUAGUUUGAGGUCUAACAGUAACGGUACUGUUCUUACUUCUACUCCUUUCUCGAUAUCUCUGCCGCUUCUUACAACAAAAUCACUCCCAUCAUCAUGGUCAGCUUCACCCACCAAUCUCUCGCGCCGCUUCUUUCCUUUCUACUCCUGCUCCUACAUUCCUUCUCCGCCGCCUCCUCCCCUCUCAAAUCCGACCUACAUUGGCGUCCCGCCACCGCCACUUGGUACGGCAGCGCCGAAGGCGACGGCAGCGACGGUGGUGCAUGCGGGUACGGAUCGAUGGUGGAUGUGAAGCCGUUGAGAGCAAGAGUCGGAGCGGUGAGUCCAAUUCUUUUCAAGGGAGGUGAGGGGUGUGGAGCAUGUUAUAAAGUCAGGUGUUUAGACAAGUCCAUUUGUUCUAGAAGAGCUGUUACGGUUAUUAUUACCGACGAGUGUCCCGGCGGUUACUGCUCCGGCGGCCGGACGCAUUUUGAUCUCAGUGGAGCUGCAUUUGGCCGCAUGGCGAUUACCGGUGAACACGGCCUGCUCCGUAAUCGCGGCGAGAUCUCUGUUAUGUAUCGCCGGACACCAUGUAAAUAUCCUGGUAAAAAUGUGGCAUUUCGUGUGAACGAAGGAUCAACACCUUUCUGGCUAUCUCUGUUGGUGGAGUUUGAGGACGGAGAUGGAACGGUUGGAUCUAUGCACAUUAGAGAGGCAGGGUCAACUGAGUGGUUAGAAAUGAGUCAUUUGUGGGGAGCAAAUUGGAUCAUCAAUGGAGGACCAUUAAAAGGACCAUUUUCAGUGAAGCUAACUUCACUCUCCACAGCAAGAACUCUCUCAGCCAGAGAUGUCAUUCCAAACAAAUGGUCUCCAAAGGCUACUUACACCUCUCGCCUUAAUUUCUAAUCAUUAUAAUUACUUUGCACAAGGCGGAGACCUCAUCUUUUACUGAGUUCCUUGCCAUAUCAGAAGGCCAAUGCGAUGCUCUAAGUGUUUUCAAAGAGUCUGCAUUAGUUUCUUUUUUCCUUGUUUUUUUUGGUUCAGCCUAUCCGUUCAAGUGUUAAAUGUAGCCUGCCAAUAGUAUUGGAUAAAAAGGCUUUGGUUUGUGAGUUGAGUUUUAGUUUCUGCUUUGUAGCCCUCUCCUGAAGGAGAGUGAGCGUCAUUCUUAAUUUGCAAUUUGUAUAUGUAAUGUGAGAAGUUUAAUUCAAGGAAAGUGCCUGCCUAAGUUUGUUUAAUUA